AGGGUUUCCAUUUUACACUUUAGCCGGCUCGUCCUCUCUCCUUCAGUCUCUAACUUUCAGAUUUCGGUGUCAGUAAAGCUUUUCCACCACCAAUGAAAAUGGGGAAGACUCGUGGAAUGGGAGCUGGUCGUAAGCUGAGGACCCACCGCAGAAGGCAGAGGUGGGCCGACAAGGCAUAUAAGAAAUCGAAUCUUGGAAAUGAAUGGAAGAAACCAUUUGCUGGAUCUUCACAUGCCAAAGGCAUAGUUCUUGAGAAAAUAGGCAUUGAAGCUAAGCAGCCUAACUCCGCUAUCCGAAAAUGUGCUCUUGUUCAGCUGAUCAAGAAUGGAAAGAAAAUCGCUGCUUUCGUACCCAAUGAUGGUUGCUUAAACUAUAUUGAAGAAAAUGAUGAGGUAUUGAUUGCCGGAUUCGGACGAAAUGGUCAUACUGUCGGAGAUAUUCCCGGAGUCAGAUUUAAGGUCGUUAAGGUUUCCGGUGCGUCUCUUCUAGUACUUUUCAAAGAGAAGAAGGAAAAGCCGAGGUCUUAAAAGAUCACUGAUAAGAAUUUAGCUUUCAAUUUCAUCAAUGCACUACUUUUCUUCCCUGGAAGCCUAGAGUUUUGGAUUUUUUGUAAUGAACUUAUUUAUCUCAACUCGAAAAC